AUGGUUUUCAAGAGACUUUCUUCUUUGAAGCCUGGGCUUGGUGCCCUUGCCCUGUGCAAUGGACUUUUCCAAGCUGCGCAAGGUAUUUCGCUUGAAGUCUCUACAAGUGGAGGAAAUGCUUCAAGCCCUCUCAUGUAUGGCUUUAUGUUUGAAGAUAUCAACCACUCUGGUGAUGGAGGCCUCUAUGGCCAGAUGUUGCAAAACAAUGGCCUGCAAGGCAAUGAUCCAAACUUAACUGCUUGGGGCACUGUAGGAGAUGCUACAAUCGCCAUUGACUACGACAACCCACUCAGCUCGGCUAUUCCACACUCUCUACGAUUGGAUGUCCCUAGCGAUGCUACUGGAACCGUUGGUGUCACCAACGCCGGCUAUUGGGGAAUCCCAGUGGACGGGAGUGAACAUCAGACUUAUUUCUGGGUGAAGGGAGACUUAUCUGGAGAUAUCACUGCAAGCCUAGUGGGCAAUGGCACUGGGACAGUGUAUGGAUCAACUUCAAUCCCCGUCACUUCGACCGCAGACAGCUUCACGUACAUUGAUGCUUCUUUGUCAACAACCAAGGCACCCGAUGGAAAUGUCUACUAUGAAUUGUCUUUGGAUGCUUCGGCUAUGACUGGCUCUUCGCUGUACUUUGGUCUUGUUCAGCUGUUUCCUACGACCUAUAAGAGCAGAUACAAUGGUCUUCAGCCUCGGAUUGCUAAUGUACUGGAGGCUGUAGAGGCUUCCUUCUUGAGAUUUCCGGGUGGGAACAACAUGGAGGGCGAAUUUUUGGAUAAUCGCUGGAAGUGGAAUGAAACAAUCGGAGAUGUGCAAGACCGCCCUGGACGGAUGGGCACAUGGACCUACUAUAACACUGAUGGCCUUGGUCUUGCCGAGUACUUUUAUUGGUGUGAGGAUAUGGGUCUGAAACCUUUGCUGGCUGUCUGGGAUGGUUUCGCUUUGGAAUCCGGCGCCGGUACUCCAGUGACUGGCGAUGCGCUGACUCCCUAUAUCGAAGAUGUGUUGCACGAGCUAGAGUACAUUCUUGGCGACUCAAGCACAACAUAUGGUGCAAUUCGCGCUGCAAAUGGGCAAACUGAUCCCUGGGAUCUCACCAUGGUGGAGAUUGGCAACGAAGACAUGCUGGGAGGCGGCUGUGACACGUAUGCUGAGCGAUUCACCGCAUUCUAUGAUGCAAUUCACGCCGCCUAUCCCGAUUUGACUCUGAUCGCCAGUACCAACGAGCAGUCCUGUCUUCCAAGCUCGAUGCCCGAUGGAUCUAUGGUGGAUUACCAUGACUACAACAGUCCCGAUGGACUGGUGUCGCAAUUCAACUAUUUCGACAACGUUAGCCGCAACGUGACAUACCUUGUUGGAGAGUAUGCACAGACCGGGUCCGACUACCCCAUGAUGCAAGGCUCUGUGGGCGAGGCUGUGUUUAUGAUUGGUAUGGAGCGUAAUAGUGAUCUAAUCAAGAUGGCCUCGUACGCUCCUCUCCUGCAGCUUACCAACUCUACUCAGUGGACUCCCAACUUGAUUCCAUUCACUCAGAGCCCUAAUGUGGUUAUCGAAACUACGAGCUACUACGUUCAACAGAUGUUUGCUUCCAAUCUUGGAGAUACCGUCAAAGAGGUGAAUAGCGACUCGGCAUUUGGACCUGUCUACUGGGUUGCAUCCAGUGCCGGCGAUUCAUCCUACUUCGUGAAGCUGGCCAACUAUGGUAGUGAUACCCAGGAUCUGAGUGUUACUAUCGAUGGAACGACCACUGCAAAGCUUACAGUCGUUGGAGAUGAUGACGCAAAUGCUGCAAACACAGUUGAUGAGACUCCUGUUGCCCCUGUGGAAUCGACCCUGACUGCCUCUGAUGGAACAUUUACAUUCACUAUGCCUGCGUGGUCGGUUGCUGUGUUGGCCGCGAGCUAA